AUAAUAAACAGGGUAGAUGGAGAGUUGGUUGGUGGACAGAUUUUUUUGUUUUUGUGGUUUGUUUGUUUUUGUUAAUCCUCACACGAGGAUAUUUUUCCAUUGAUUUUUAGAGAAAGUGAAAGGGAGGGGGAGAGACAAGAGAAACAUCGAUGUGAGAGAGACACAACAAUUGAUUGCCUCCUGCAAGGGGAUUGAGCCUGGAACCGAGGUAUAUGCCUUUCACAGGAAUCGGGUCCAGGACCCUUCAGUUUGCAGGCCGGCGCUCUGUCCACUGAGCCAAACCGGCUAGAGCUUUUGUGGACAGAUUUUUAAGCCUCCUAUGGCGUUAUGGAUUCUUAAGCCUUGUAUGCCAAAGUAUUAUUGACAGAUACCAUUUUGUCAAGCACGGUUCUAAACAUGCAAAUGACUUCCUAAUGGGAAGAUUUGGUUAAUUAUGGGAGAGUGAGUGAGUAUUCAUAAAGAAUAUAAAUGAAAACAGACAUUUAGAGUACUUGAUGUAGUCUAGAGUCCUAAAGGAGGUGAUCUGAAGUUACUCUGAGGAAGAGAACAGUGUAACAGGUAAGAAUCACAUUGACAGAGGCUUGGAGUGAAGAGAAAACCUAAAGGAUUUGAGAAACUGAAGCAGGUUAAUUUGGCCGUGUGAUGAAAAGGGUGUGUGUGGCAUGUAAUGAAACUUGCAUGGUACAAUAUAGAAUGACAGCCUAAAACCAAAUCCGGACUUGAAAACACGUCAUAUAUUGACUGAAACACAACUUCUGAUUUUUUUUUGUUUACUACCUACCUUAGGCUAAUUGUUUUCUUGUUGAGUAUGCAUUUGUGUUAAUUUUUUGGUUUAUUAAAUUUCAGGAUGUGUAAAAUGGGUUUUAAGAGAACAGCUAGCUUCCCUGUGCAGAGAGGGGAACUCUUGUCACCCGUGCAGCACUGUGAAAAAGGAAGAAAGUGACACCUUUGAUCUCAGAUGUCUGUGGGCUCCCUUCUCCUUCCCUUUCCCUAAGCAAAGCAUUCUGCAUGGCAAGUGUUAAACUUUCACUUUGCCCUGAAGAAAGUGUAUCGAGUUGUAAAUGCCCUAGAACCUGUUCAUUGUUUUACGAUUCUAGAACUAGCCCACAAUGCUGAUGCUCAACUACAUGUUUAUGCAAAACUUGAAUCUCAACCCUUGUUCCUUCACUUGUACUUUCAGGUACCAUAGUAGCUUAAUAGUAGCUAACACCUUGUCAUCUCCUCAGCACUGAAGUCUUUGUCUCUGAAAUUAGAAUUGCGAUGAAAUUGUACAUAUUGGCUAUGAUCAGAUUUCUAGAAUUGGAUUUCCAAACAGAGGUCAGCAACCUGAAAUGGCAGCAAGUCUUUUGAAGACAUCAUCUAUGUCUCUAAGGACAAAAUUGCUCCAUCAGACGGGAGUGUCACUUUAUAAUACAUCUCAUGGCUUCCAUGAGGAGGAAGUAAAAAAAAAACUUCAGCAGUUUCCUGGUGGAUCCAUUGACCUUCAGAAGGAAGACAAUGGCAUUGGCAUUCUUACUCUGAACAAUCCCAGUAAAAGGAAUGCCUUCUCAGGUGUUAUGAUGCUACAACUUUUGGAAAAAGUGACCGAAUUGGAAAAUUGGACAGAGGGGAAAGGUCUCAUUGUUCGUGGGGCAAAAAAUACAUUCUCCUCUGGAUCUGAUUUGAAUGCUGUGAAAGCCCUAGGAACUCCAGAGGAUGGAGUGGCCUUAUGUAUGUUCAUGCAAAACACCUUAACAAGAUUGAUGAGACUUCCUUUGAUAAGUGUCGCACUGGUUCAAGGUUGGGCAUUGGGUGGAGGAGCCGAGGUUACUACGGCAUGCGAUUUCAGAUUAAUGACUAGAGAGAGUGAGAUCAGAUUUGUUCACAAGGAGAUGGGUAUAAUACCAAGCUGGGGCGGGGCUACCCGACUGGCUGAUAUAAUUGGCAGUAAACAAGCUCUCAAAGUGUUAAGUGGGGCCCUCAAACUGGACUCAAAACUAGCUUUAAGCCUAGGAAUGGUCGAUGAGGUCUUGCAGUCUUCAGAUGAAACUGAGUGUCUAAAAGAGGCACAAGAAUGGCUGAAUCAGUUUAUCAAAGGGCCACCGGAAGUAAUCAGAGCUUUGAAAAAAACUGUUUCUUCAGGCAAAGAGCUUUGUUUCCAGGAGGCGUUACAGACCGAAAGAGAUCUUGUAGGAACACUUUGGGGUGGACCGGCAAAUUUGGAGGCUAUUGCUAGGAGAGGAAAAUUUUGUAAAUAGUUGCUUUUAAAUAGGUGUACUACAACUCCAAUUUAAUGUGUAGAAAAGUUAAAUAUUAAACAUGUCAGUUACUUUGAAGGUAUCACUAGUAUUUGGGUUUGUUUUUAAUCAUUUUUUUAAUACCUAAACUCAUUGGCAUGGCUUUCAGUAUACUGUAGUCCCCCCUUACCUGCAGGAAAUAGGUUCCUUGACCCCCAGUGGAUGCCUGACACUGGAUAGUACUGAAUCCUGUGAUGCUUAAAUACCUGUGAUAAAAUUUAAUUUAUAAAUUAGGCACAAUAACUAAUAAAUAACAAUAAUAUACUA